UAGUCAAAACAACUUGAUAAUAUUUUAUAAGUCAACUAAUGUUAUGUCAUAUAUACUAAAACAGGCAAGACUUGAAGAGUGAGCGUUGGCCGUUGGCUACCAAUCUACCCUUUACUUAUUUCUAUAAUGAUAUGAUCCUUUUGCUGUAUAAAAUGUCUCCUAUAAUCAUCUCACUUUCCAUAUGUUCCCGAUACGAUGACAUUCUUGAAUAAAGUCUAUCCGAACUGAAAUAGCACUUACUAAUUAACAUGUCUCAGGCUCAGAGAUCAGUUUCUACACUCAAGUGUGCAAAACUUGGGUACCAAUAUGUUGUGAAUCACUUCUUGACAUGUCUAUUGUUGCCCAUAAUGGCUAUGGUUUUUGUUCAAGCUAUUCAACUAAGCCCUGAGGAAAUUUCCAAUCUUUGGAACUCCAUUCAGUUUGAUUUCACCAAAACAGUCUGUUCAUCUCUCGUUGUCAUCCUCGUGUCCAUUUUAUACUUCAUGUCAAGGCCUCGAGGGGUUUACCUAGUCGAUUAUGCAUGUUACAAGCCACCUUUGUCAUUGCGCGUCUCCUUUUCAAUCUUCAUGGAGCAUUCAAGAAUCAUACUUGGUUCAGAGCCAAAGAGUGUUGAAUUCCAACUGAAGAUUCUUGAGAGAUCUGGUUUAGGAGAAGAUACAUGUUUGCCACCAGCAAUUCAUUAUAUCCCUCCUGCACCUAGCUUGGACACUGCCAGAGAAGAAGCUCAAAUGGUGAUAUUUUCAGUUAUGGAUUCUCUUUUCAAGAAAACAGAAGUAAAGCCUAAAGACAUUGACAUUCUUAUAGUGAACUGUAGCCUUUUUUCGCCAACGCCUUCUUUAUCAGCAAUGGUGGUUAAUAAGUACAAAAUGAGAGAUAACGUUAAGAGCUAUAACCUCUCAGGAAUGGGGUGUAGUGCUGGGCUGAUAUCCAUUGAUUUAGCUCGUGAUCUUCUCCGAGUUCAUCCCAAGUCGAUAGCUGUGGUUGUCAGCACAGAAAUCAUCACGCCGAAUUACUACAGAGGCAAAGAUAGAUCAAUGCUCCUACCAAAUUGUCUGUUCAGAAUGGGAGGUGCAGCCAUACUGUUAUCAAACAAGUGGUGGAUAGAUCAACGUCGAGCCAAGUACAAGUUGCUGCAUACAGUGAGAACACACAAAGGAUCUAAUGACAAAUCUUAUAAUUGUGUAUAUGAAACUGAAGAUUCAGAAGGUAAAACAGGAAUUUCCUUGUCAAAAGAUCUUAUGGCCAUAGCAGGGGAGGCAUUGAAGUCUAAUAUAACAUCACUUGGACCACUUGUUCUUCCACCAUCAGAACAACUUCUGUUUCUCUUGUCACUCAUAGGCCGAAAGGUCUUUCACACGAAACUGAAACCAUAUAUUCCAGACUUCAAACAAGCGUUUGAACAUUUCUGUAUUCAUGCUGGUGGAAGAGCGGUGAUUGAUGAACUGCAGAAGAACUUGCAGCUGUCCGCAGAACAUGUUGAGGCAUCGAGAAUGACUCUGCAUCGAUUUGGGAACACGUCUUCUUCAACAUUGUGGUAUGAACUGAGCUAUAUUGAAGCUAAGGGAAGGAUGAAGAAAGGUGAUAGAAUUUGGCAAAUUGCAUUUGGGAGUGGAUUCAAGUGUAACAGUGCUGUUUGGAAGUGUAACAAGACAAUAGAAACUCCAACUGAUGGACCUUGGUCUGAUUGUAUCCAUAAGUACCCAGUUUAUAUCCCAGAAACAGUAAAGCUCUAGGAGAAUAUAAUCAACAAAAGCAGAGAAGAAUAUUUGUGGUUAAAUCUGUGUUUGCUCUUACCUCUUGUAAGCUAUAUGGAACUUAUACACCAAUGCAAUCCAUAGAGUCCAUGCAGUUGUGAAGCAUGCAUAUGACAAUCUAUAGUCAGCGCGACGAUACUAAAACUAUAACAACUCAUUAGCUUAUAAUUGAAUAGAAAGAUGUGAAUGAUAUGAAUGAUGUUAUCAAAGAUUUUUUCUUAA